UCGGAAAGUGCGAGUGAGACCUCUUCCAAGCCGCGCAGCCAGCGGGGGUGGGUGGAUGGGAAAGCCUUUCCGAAGUGCCGAGCGAGAGAUGCGCCAGCUGCUGGGGAUCGCGUGCAGCGCGGGAGAAACCUGCUAAGAAGAACGCUAGUCAGACUGUCCAUUCUGAAAAAACAUUGCAGCAGCUGAUCUUUUCAUUUACCACCUGACCAGGAUCAGUCACUGGAACCAGAAUGUCCUCUAUAGAUCCUUAUCAACACAUUACGGUGGAACACCAAUAUUCACACAAAUUCACUGUGACUGUAAAGCAAGCCAAGAAUGUGACCAAGGGUGUUCUCGGAGAUAUGCUUGAUACACCUGACCCAUAUGUGGAGCUGUUCAUCCCGACAGCCCCCAACAGCAGAAAGAGAACAAAACACAUCAAUAACAACGUGAAUCCAGAGUGGAAUGAGACCUUUGAGUUCAUAUUGGAUCCUAACCAGGAAAAUGUUCUUGAGAUCACUCUUAUGGAUGCCAAUUAUGUGAUGGAUGAGACUGUUGGUUCAGCAACCUUUCACAUUUCAGCACUGAAAGUUGGAGAAAAGAAAGAAGUUCCAUUCAUCAUCAAUAAAGUCACAGAAAUUGCAUUGGAGAUAUCUCUUGAAGUUUGCUCUUCGACAGACCUCCGCUUCAGUAUGGCCCUGUGUGAUGAAGAGAAAGCUUUCCGACAUCAACGGAAGAUGAGAAUAAUGCAGCAUUUGAACAGUUUCCUGGGAUCUUCAAAGGCCAACCACUUGACCUCUGUUCGUGAUGUCCCGGUGAUUGCUAUAUUGGGGUCUGGUGGUGGAUUCCGUGCCAUGGUGGGGUUCGCUGGUGUGAUGAAAGCACUGUAUGAAUCUGGAAUUUUAGACUGUGCAACGUAUAUUGCUGGCUUGUCUGGAUCUACAUGGUACUUGUCAACAUUAUACUCUCACCCGGAUUUCCCAGUGAAAGGACCAAAGGAGAUAAAUGAGGAAUUGAUGAGCAAUGUCAGUCACAACCCGUUAAAGCUGCUUACACCUCAGAAAGUCAAGCGAUACAUUGAAGCCUUAUGGAAAAAGAAGAGUUCUGGCCAGCCUGUUACAAUUACAGAUAUCUUUGGAAUGUUGAUAGGAGAAACGCUAAUCCACAAUAGGAUGGACACUACUCUGAGUUCUAUGAAAGAAAAGGUCAAUAAGGCACAGUCUGCUCUGCCCCUCUUUACAUGCCUCCAUGUUAAACCUGAUGUAUCAGAACUGAUGUUUGCUGAUUGGGUGGAAUUCAGUCCCUAUGAAAUUGGGAUGGCUAAAUACGGCACCUUCAUGCCUCCCAAUUUGUUUGGCAGCAGAUUUUUUAUGGGAACUGAAGUGAAAAGAUACACAGAGAACCCCUUGCAUUUCUUAAUGGGUAUCUGGGGAAGUGCAUUUGCUAUACUAUUCAACAGAGUCCUUGGAGUUUCCAAUUCCCAAAAUAAAGGGCCGACAAUGGAAGAAGAACUAGAAAACAUCAGACUGAGGCAUAUAGUGAGCAAUGAUUCAGACAGCGAUGAUGAGUCACAAGGUCCAAAAGGCUCGGAAAAUCCUAAUGCUGAAAACGAGCAUCAGCGCAGCAGCCAGGAAAGCUGGGUCCAGAGAAUGUUUAUGGCCCUUGUGGGGGACAGCGCCCUCUUCAACACCAGAGAAGGGCGAGCGGGCAAAGUGCACAAUUUCAUGCUAGGCUUGAAUCUUAACACAUGCUAUCCAUUUUCCCCUCUGACUGGCUUCACUACUCAGGAAUCCCUAGAGGAAGAUGAACUGGAUACUGCUGUGGCAGAUCCUGAUGAAUUUGAUAGGAUAUACGAGCCAUUAGAUGUCCAGAGCAAGAAGAUACAUGUUGUAGAUAGUGGACUCACUUUCAACUUGCCCUACCCACUUAUCUUGCGACCACAAAGAGGAGUUGACCUUAUCAUCUCAUUUGAUUUUUCUGCACGUCCCAGUGAUUCCAGUCCUCCUUUCAAGGAAAUUUUACUUGCUGAAAAAUGGGCCAAAAUGAACAAACUUCCUUUCCCCAAAAUUGACCCACAUGUGUUUGAUCGUGAGGGAUUAAAGGAGUGCUACAUCUUCAAACCCAAGAAUACUGCAUCGGACAUCGAUUGUCCAACAAUUAUCCACUUUGUUUUGGCUAAUAUAAAUUUCAGAAAGUUCAAAGCACCAGGUGUUCCUAGAGAUACCCAGGAAGAAAAGGAUUUUGCUGACUUUGAUAUUUUUGAUGACCCCGAUACACCAUUCUCCACCUUCAACUUCCAGUAUUCGAAUGAGGCUUUCAAGAGACUGCAUGACUUGAUGGAAUUUAAUACUCUAAACAACUUAGAUAUAAUCAAGGAAGCAAUAGCAGACAGCAUUGAAUACCGGAGGCUGAACCCAUCCCGUUGUUCCGUGUCCCUCAGCAGUGUGGAGGCAAGGCGAUACUUCAACAAGCCCCAAAACAAUAACCAUUCCUAGGGUCAAUUCACUGCAGCCUUCUUUGCCUUGAAGCAGAAGGAUCUGGAUUCGUCACAUGGACAUUAUUGUGAGAAAAUAAACAUUGUUUGAGAAUGAAAUGCUGCAAAACAGAGGAAGAUGGAUACAUCAGGAGUUUCUUUCCUGCCUUUUCAAUAUACAUAAGUUUUUAAUACAGCAAUAUGGCAAUUCUCUGGUUUUAAGCAAUAUGAAAACAUAUAUUUUUAAAGUUCCAUUUAUUUCAUGAACAGUUUAUUUCUGCAACAAUUUUUUUCAUGUGACAUUUCUGUUUUGUAUUUGUGAAACUAUAACAUUGGACUAUAAUUUCAGAGUGGAAAAAAGCAUGUCUCUCCAAAUAAUUCAAUGUGGACAGGAACUACAGUAAACCAACUUCUUACUAUUUCGAUGUAUGUCACAAUAACUUUAUUCCUUAGACUGAAACAUCAUAAUAUUAAGCAAAGUUUUGUUUGACUGAGACUACAUUCACAAUUAUACAACUAUACACAGUUCUUUUAUUCUUUCUGAACAUUGCCCUAUCUUCUUGAACUUGACAAUGUGUACUUAUUGAAAUGCUGUUGGAUUCCAGUGCUAAGCAUGUUUAUUUGAUGUAAUUUCCAUUGAACAGGAUACAUUUCCAAAUAUACAUAUAAAGUGUCGGCUGUUAGGAUCUUAUAUACCGUACAUACUCGCGUAUAAGCCAAUUUUUUCAGCCUUUUUUUAGCUGCAGCAUUGCCCUUUUAAGAAAACCAUAGACAAGCUGCCUCGAGCGGCAGAUUCCCUGUAGACUUAGAGCUUGCAAGAAAGAAAGCCGGCAGCUUCCCUGAAACAACGCCUUAAACUUUGAGCCUGUAAGAAAGAAAGUGUGAGUUAGUGAGGGGGAGGAGGCAUUCUCUGCUUC